AUGCAGUGCAGAUACUGUCCCAAAGCGAUCACCAGGAAGGACAACCUCGGCCAGGAGCUAAGCCGUUGCAACUUCUGCUCCAAGUCGUUCACGCGGCGCGUGCACUACGUCAACCACGUGCGACAACACACCGGCGAGACGCCCUUCCAGUGCGGAUACUGUCCCAAGGCGUUCACAAGGAAGGACCACCUCGGCCAGGAGCUAAGCCGUUGCAACUUCUGCUCCAAGUCGUUCACGCGGCGCGAACACCUCGUCAACCACGUGCGACAACACACCGGCGAGACGCCCUUCCAGUGCGGAUACUGUCCCAAGGCGUUCACCAGGAAGGACCACCUCGGAAGGACCACCUCGGUAAUAAACAACUCUGGCUCCCAAACUAACUAUGCGAGUCUCAUUACUUCUGCAACUUGUCCCAAGUCGUUCACGCGGCGCGAGCACCUCGUGAACCAGGUGCGACAACACACCGGCGAGACGCCCUUCCAGUGCGGAUACUGUCCCAAGGCGUUCACCAGGAAGGACCACCUCGGUAAGUCGUUCACGCGGCGCGUGCACUACGUCAACCACGUGCGACAACACACCGGCGAGACGCCCUUCCAGUGCGGAUACUGUCCCAAAGCGUUCACCAGGAAGGACCACCUCGGUAAUAAACAACUCUGGCUCCUAAACUAA